AGACCCUGUUUCCUGCUACAACAAAAACUCUCUCUUUCUCUCUCUCUCUCUCAGACUCUGACCUUUCCUUUUCUCCUUCUUUCUUCCCUCUGAUUCUCGCCGCCAUUAACAGGGCUUACUUCUUUUCUUGUCUUUGUUGUCCUUCUCUGUUAUAAGUAGUUUUCAAUAUUAUAUGAAACCUACCCAUCAAGAAAAUAAAUAUCUUCUUGAAAUUUAUUAUUAUUAUUAUUUGCUGUUACUAUUUUUAUUAUUAUUAUAAACAAUGAUGUAUAGUAGCAAACGAUAAGCAUGUUUAUGCUACUAUUGCCUAUUACUUGUCAUCUUUUUACUCUUUCUUUCUUGGACUAUCUUUUUAUAUAAUGCUUCUGCUUCUUCUUCUUCUUCUUCUUCUUUUUAAAUACCUCUAGACCACCACGCUUUUUUUACACUCAUUUUAUAGUCAGAGUUUGGGUGUUACUCAAUCUCUGGUUAUUUCUCUUUCAUUUCUUGAAGAAAGUUAGAAACUUGGCUUGGGUUUCGUUCUUGUUCCUGUUCUUGUUAUUUAACUCUCUGAAUAGAAAAAUCUUUUAGUCUUCUUCAUUUUCUUGAUAUAAUCUUGGAAGUAAGAUUUUUGAAAGAAACAAGCGAAAAAAGAAAAGCAGAAUCCCUUUUCUUUUGUGUUAAAAUCUUUACGUUCAUAAUGGCUGAGAAAGACACAGAUUUCCCUUCUCAAAAGCUACCCUCUGCUUCUCAGGUCCUUGAAGAGCUAAAAGAGCUAUGGGGUAUGGCUUUACCAAUAACAGCAGCACAUUUAAUGGCCUUUUUUAGAGCAGUGGUCUCAGUUAUGUUCUUGGGCAGACUGGGUAGUCUAGAGUUAGCUGGUGGUGCACUAUCUAUUGGGUUCACAAACAUCACUGGUUACUCAGUUAUUGUGGGCUUAGCCUCUGGACUUGAGCCAGUGUGUAGUCAAGCUUAUGGUUGCAAGAACUGGGACCUUCUCUCACUCUCCCUCCAAAGAAUGAUCUUAAUCCUCUUCGUAGCAAUCAUACCCAUAAGUCUUUUAUGGAUUAAUCUUGAAUCAAUCAUGAAUUUUAUGGGCCAAGAUCCAAAUAUUACAUCAAUGGCAGCUACUUACUGUAUUUACUCCUUACCUGAUCUUUUGACAUACACUUUGUUACAACCUUUAAGGGUAUUCUUAAGAUCACAAAGGGUGACCCAACCUAUAAUGUAUUGUUCAUUGUUGGCUGUUAUAUUUCAUGUGCCAUUGAACUAUGUUCUUGUGAUUGUAAUGGGGUUAGGAGUCCCAGGAGUGGCAAUGGCAUCAGUGGUGACUAACAUGAAUAUGGUGGCUUUGAUGGUAGGGUAUGUAUGGUGGGUAAGUGGACGGUGGGAGAUGAGAUGGACGGUUGAUAUUGGAGGGGUAUGUGGUGGGGUUGGAGAAUUGUUGAAGUUGGCAGUGCCUAGUUGUUUAGGGAUCUGCUUGGAGUGGUGGUGGUAUGAGAUAGUGAUAGUGAUGGCAGGGUACUUGCCUAAUCCAACACUGGCUGUGGCCGCCACUGGGAUACUGAUCCAAACCACUAGCAUGAUGUACACUGUACCUAUGGCCCUUGCUGGCUGUGUCUCUGCUCGGGUAGGCAAUGAGCUUGGUGCUGGUAAGCCUUACAAAGCCAAGCUAGCAGCCAUGGUUGCAUUAGGUUGUGCCUUUGUCAUCGGUAUCAUCAAUGUUACAUGGACUGCCAUUCUUAGAGAAAGAUGGGCUGGUUUGUUCAUUAAGGAUAAUCUUGUUAAAGGACUAGUUGCAUCUGUUUUGCCUAUAAUAGGACUAUGUGAGCUUGGUAAUUGCCCGCAAACAACUGGCUGCGGAAUCCUACGUGGCACAGCGCGGCCUGCGAUUGGGGCCCGUAUCAAUUUGGGCUCGUUUUACUUUGUGGGUACCCCGGUCGCGGUGGGCCUGGCCUUUGGGCUGAAUGUUGGGUUUGCUGGGCUGUGGUUCGGCCUCCUUUCAGCUCAAGUAGCUUGUGCUGUGUCAAUUCUGUAUGUUGUGUUGAUCCGUACGGAUUGGGAACAUGAAGCAUUGAAGUCUAAGAAACUCACCAGCAUGGAAAUGACUGGAAUCUCCAAUGGCAUUGGAGAUGAAGAACAUCAUGAAGAAGAAGAAGAUGAAAGUAAAAGGUUGUUAGUUAAUGGAAAUGGUAACAUGGUAUAGGAAGAUAGAUGGUGUUUAAUUUGAGAAAAGGAAAGAAUGUGCAAAAUUUGAAGUGUGUGAGAUGGUGGCCAGCUUUAUGGGAUUUGUUUUUGUCGUUUAACUACUUUUUGGGAGGAUCUGACUCACGCUAAGAAUUUUUGUAUGGCCUCUUUUCUUUUUUGUUUUUGUUUUUGUUUUGAUGGGGUUGUCAUGGGGAACCUCUCUCUCUCUCUCUCUCUCUAUAUAUAUAUAUUCUUCUUGAGGUUGUCAUGAAGCUACUUUGUACGUGGCCAGAGAGAAUGUCACUCCUCUGAAUAUAUAUAAAAGAAAAGUGUUUAUAUAUAUAUAUAUAUAUAUAUAUAUAUAUAUAUAUAUAUAUAUAUA